AUGUCAACUACGCAACGUAGUGAAAGCAUACAUGCUUUCUUUGAUGGAUAUAUCAAUUCUACAACAAGUCUAAAUCAGUUCGUGAAACAAUAUGAUAAUGCUCUUAGAAGUCAGGCAGAAAAGGAAUUUGAAGCUGAUUUUAAUUCGACGGAUACAACAAUCCCAUGUGGGUCAAACUCAUCCAUUGAGAAGCAAUUCCAAAGUGAGUUUACGAAUGCCAAAUUCAAGGAAAUUCAAGUGGAAUUCAGAUCUAAAAUGAAUUGUUCUGCCUCAUUAAAUAGCAUGGAAGAUUGCUUUGCUACGUAUCAUGUGUUGGAGGAGAUAUUAGUUGGAGACAUACGCAAAGAGCGAGUCUUAAAAGUUGUGCUUAAUAAGGAAAACCAUGAUUUCAAAUGUGAAUGCUCAUUAUUUGAGUUUAGAGGUAUUGUGUGUCGGCAUGUGUUAUCCGUGUGUAGUCAGGAGAGGAUUGUAAGUCUUCCAGAGAAGUAUGUUUUAAAGAGAUGGAAGAAAAACAUUAAAAGGAAGCAUUCAUAUAUCAAGACUAGUUAUGGUGUAACAGAAUUGAAGCCACAAAUAGACAGGUUUGACAAAUUAUGCAAGCAUUUUUAUGAGGUUGCUGAAGUAGCAGUUGAGUCAGAAGAGACUACCGAAGACCUCCAUGAAACAUUACGUUUGUUUAGCUCUAAUACGUCCAUAAAGGAUAGUUCCCUUAUUGAAGAAAAUCUAAAUGAUGAUUUUAAUCCAAUCAAUAGUAAUAGAAUUCGCAGUCCAAAACAUGUCAAGCGCAAAGGUCGUCCUCCAUCUAAAAGGAAAACAUUUGUCGCCGAAACGAUCGCCAAGAGGUCAAGGAAACGAACAAAAAAAAGUGAUCACGCUGAGCUUACUACAGAGUGCAAUAUUGGAAUGGUGGAAAAUCAGUUUGAAAGUAAUAUUUGUGUAGAAUCAUCUCUUGAGGUUGUUAAUGGAGAACAUUACUUAGAUUCGAGUAUUGCGGUUAUUCAGGUGGAAUAUUCGGGUGGGAUGUUGAAAGAUUGUAAAUUGAAUUUUGUAUUAAUCCAAAUUGUAAAUGGUGCAUCCCAGACUUGGUUAAUACACUGCACGAAGUUGGUUAAUGGAAGUUUAACUUCGGUUAGUGAACAGCUAGACUUUAAAAUAAGAGAAAUUGCAGUCCCAGACUUGGUUAAUACAUUGCACUAA